AUGAAUUACGGUGAGCCGGAAACCCGGCAAAGAGCCCCGUCAAAUCCCCAUGAGCAACAAGGAGGACAAUCGGCUCCUGGAUUCGGCUCAAAUUUGCAUGCCCAACUUGGGCAUAUGGUUUGGGAAGCGGGCAGUAAACAAAUCAAGGACUCUUUCAAUUCGUACGGUCGAAUCGAUUAUUUCCGACCCUAUUUCGACGUUGAACCAAAACAGGUCCGCAAUCGGCUCUUUCAAUCGUUUCUGCCACGAAAACCGUCAACGAUCUCGGUUUCAAACGAUUUAUACGGCCCAUCGAUGGUCGUUUUGACAAUGGUCGCCUUGCUUUUGCUGAACAUGAAGAGUAGCGGUUACACCACCCAAGACGGUACGCUGAUCGGUUCGGCGAUGGUUUCCUGUUUUGCCGCGUGGAUUAUUCUCUCGACUGUUAUCUCUACGUUGUGCUAUAUUGUAAAUAUCGACGUCGGAUUCGUGAAUACAAUUUCUUUAGUGGGUUAUUCGAUGACCUCGCAUUGCCUCGUGCUUCUCCUAACCGCCAUCUAUCAUCCAUCUCAUGAUCACCUCUAUUUCUUCUUCCUACUCAUCGUUUUUUGCUUUCCCUCGGCGCUGAGAACGGGACUCUUUCUUGGCUCAAAAACUCGUGAUCCAACUCACAAAAUGACUGUAUUGAGCGUGUGCAUCGGUGUCCAUCUUCUCUACCUAAUCUAUCUACAUUUCGGCUUUCAUGUUAUGGUUGAAGAAUUAGACGAAAUCCUUGGCGAAUCCCCGCCAAACGUCAUCAAAUCCGCUAUUCCACUCGACAAUAUCUCAACAAUAAAUAAC